CAAAAACUGAUGGCAAGUCGCCACAGACACAUGUCCGCAAGCAGGAAUUGAAAACGUAGAUAGUGGAGAAAAUGCAUGUUCUUAAUUGUUGUAGCUGAAUGCUUGUAGAGUCUGAGACCCACGUUUCUAAAUCGGAACUUGAAAUUCUUUAGCUUCUGAUUCUUCUCCGAUUAAUCUCUUUGGUCAGCCACCGCCUCCCACCGUCACUCAAAAACAUCAUAAGGCAACAGUGACACAUGAGCACCAGUUCUUUUCAAACCUUGUGACAUGAAAGUUGCAAUAACUGUAAGGAAGCUUGGAGGUACCUCUAAUCUUUUGAAGGAAACAAGUAUUAAUAUUUACCGUAUAAUUAUUGCGGGGAAUAGUCAUUUAAUUUGGAUAUGAUGGAGUUCUGUGCUGAAAGUUCCCAUUCAAAUGGGAAACAAACUUUGAAGCAUUCUAAACCUGCAGAUGAAGUGAAAAGAUCCAGUGAAAAGUCUCACAGAAGUUCUCAUUCCAAUGGAAAGCAAAAUUUGAAGCAAACAUCGAAUUUUGUUAAUCAUGCUGCAAUUGCUUGGCAUGAGGAUAGAAGAAAAUGGGUUGGUGAUAGGUCUCAACAUCCACCAAGAAUAGCUAAAGAUCAAAUUAUUAGCUGGUCAACGUCUUAUGAAGAGUUGCUUUCAACUAACGAACCUUUUGCGGAGCCAAUUCCCUUACCUGAGAUGGUGUCCGCGUGCAGUGAUCAUGAUCGUAGAGGGAGACCAUCUAUGUUUUCCACGUUAACCUCAGCAUCUAAUCCUUUUAUAUGUAGAAAUGGUUAAUGGUUAUUAUUAUUUUGCAUCAUUUAUCUAAUGACAAAUUUCAUUAUAUAUGCACACACCCACCAUAAUAAAUAUAUUAUUUGUAUCUCCUGAUCCAUCAGCAAAUAGACAAGUUCAAAUCCAUGUAUUAAAUAGAUGGUUUGAUCAAUGCUACUUUUUCAUUUCUAAA